CUAUCUCAAGCUCGCUAUUCGCCAACGUACGUAGCAUGGCAGUGCCCAUUCCAAUAUAUAUAUAGUUCAGUGUUUGCAGUUGUCGUAAGUCCGCCUUUUGGAAUCUCGGCAUCCGUCAUAGUCUUGUGCUUACUUGUAAUGUGAUCAUUUGUCAUGUUGUAUACGCGUGGUGUGUGUAGUUUGUUCGGCGUGCCUUUAACCUAAGAUCGAUGACAGAUAUGUAAAACGAUAUUGUGUUAAAUAAACUGAAGGGCCGAAGAUUCUUUUAAAUUAACAAAAAAAAAACAAAAACGAAAAAGAGGAUGCGUGAAGCGUCUAGCGCAGGAGAAGUGUGUCUCACGCAAAAGAAAUGGGUAAGAGCAAAUUUUCCACUGCCGUGCAAAUCUCUGCCGCCGUCGGUCGAGGGCAAAACUCACGGCACUCUGAAGCUCGUUAUCGAUAAGGUGCUCUGGACUAGGAGAAGCCCUGGCAAUGUCACGGUAAUAGCUUCCUGGUGGGGCGAGCGUGACAGCGCGUAUUUCAGGCCAAUAGAUAUUAUGACACAUGUAGUAAGAAAGAACGAUGAUACAACGGUGAUAUAUCCUAUAAAAACUAGUGCCACACUUUUUGAAGAAUAUAUCAAGAAAUGUGAAACAAUAGAACUGUUAGUUGUGCUAGAAAAAACUCAGGAGGUUAUUGGCAUAGGGCAUAUAAAAGAAUUAUCUCAGUUAUUUACAUAUAAACCUUAUUCUCAAAUUAUUCCUAUAUUAAAUAACAGUAACAACAGAAUUGGGAAAAUACACGUUUGUUUAUACUUAACAUAUUUAACAAAGUUUUCAAUUACACAGAUGAAAGAGCAAACAGAUAACAAUAUUCUUACUGUUGAUAAUUCACAACCCUGCAAGAAUAUGGAUAACAUUGAAAAGAAAGAUUCUAUAAAAUGUGCAAAUGUUGAUAGACCUAUCAUUACAACUAAACAAUCAGAAAUGCAAAAGAUGAUACAUACUGAAACAUUAACAGACAAGCUAGCUGAAAUUUCUGAGAUUGUUGCUCGAGCACAGCAGCUUAGAGAAAAGGUAUCCAAAGAGACUUAUAAUGAAGAUUUUUUAGAUCUGAGUGAUAAUUCUAUGAGCCCUGAACUAUAUCUUUAUACCGCAAGAGAAAAUAAGGCUAAACUUUAUGAAUAUAUGUUAGGGAAGGAAAUGACUUUUUCAGAAAAAGAGAAAGCCUUGAAUUUGUUGAGAUUAAUAUCUCCAACUUCAAGUUUAAUAGAUCUAGCAUCUAAAACAAUUACAACUGAUAAAAAUGAUAAUGUAGAAACUAGAGAGGAUAAAAAUUUCUCUGCCAAAUCAAACAAUCCUGUAGAAAAGGCAAUGUAUAGGAAAAUGAUCUACACGGAGUCGAAAGAGAUAGAUCUUUUAGAAUAUGUAAAUAGUAUGAGAAUUUACAUUGGAUCCUUUAUGCUAACUUCUGCAGGAUACAGACACAUAAAACAUUAUUUACCAUGUUUGGCACAUUCAAAUUCAAUAAUAUAUUUUGUCCAAUUUGAUACAAAGUUUGGAUCUGCACGGCAAAAAAAUAUAAAAUCUGAUAAAGAAGCUAAGUUCAUAAGAAUAUAUGCUAAAAAAGAACAAAAAAUAGGAACAGUGAUUGAAUUUGGCUCUGAAGGUACUUGCAGUAUACCAAGACAUAUUUUAAAUAGAGAUUUUCCUUUAAGAUUCAAAAUAUUUGUCCAGCGUGUUAAUCAGAAUCCAAGCGAAUUGGGACGUGGACAUUUGAAUAUUGUUCGUAUUGCACGUGCCAAAAACUUAAGUCUUACUUUAGGUAUACCUAUCAGCGGCACUGGUAUAAAAAAAGGUACAUUAAAUGUUAAAGCAGAAUUAGGCUGUCAUUCUCGCUUUGGACGAGAGUUUGUUCAAAAUACUGUAAUGUCUGCAAAAGAAAAUAUCCCUGUUUUGGAAAUAAAAUCCCAUGGAAACACAAAUAGCAAUAAAUACAAAAGUGCAACAGGAACUCAUUCCUCCAAAUCUAGUAACAGAGUCUCAUCUGCCUCUGCCAGACGAAUUGAGUGUUUAACCAAUAAAAAUGGUGAUAAGGAUUCAUUUGCUACAAAAGAUAUGGCAGAGCACCAAGAACGAAGCUUAGAUAAUAAAAAGAUUGAUACAAGUAAUCCAGAAAGUGCUACUGAAGAUAAGGUUUUACUUUAUGGUUUGAUACAUGUGUCAGAGGGGAAAGACUUAUCAGAAUCUAACACCUAUCUAAUAUGUAGAGCGUUUUGGCGAGAGGGCAAAGCAAUAAGUCAAGUGCAAUGCAGUCGUUCAGGAAAUCCAUGCUACAAUUUCUCUCAAUUAGUACCUUUAAUUUACGGUACAGAUCUUUUAGAAAGAAUCAGAGAUAAUUACAUAAUCAUAGAAGUAUACAGUCGAAAGAAACAAGGAACAGAUAACCUGUUAGGAAUUGCAAAACUACCUGUGCAUGAGUUAUAUAUUGCAUACAAAGAUCUACUUAUUUUACCCGUUCAUUUGUUGUCGAAGGAUCCUAUAAUAGGCGUGGACGAUUGGGUUAGCAUUAACGAUCCAGUAAGCGGAAUACGUUGCGGAGAACUGCUUGCGCUGGUCGCGCUCGGUACUGCAGAGCAAAUUGCAUAUCUAGAAAUGACAAGAAAUCUAAGAAUAUACAACUAUCAUUGUCGAGUACCUGAAAAUACGAAAUAUGCGGUAGAUGAUGAAGAAAGUUCAUACCGCAAUAUUCUUGAGGUGCCAAACCUCAGUUCAGAGCAAUCCACUCAUAAUAAUCAUCUCGUUUAUCACAUUUAUAAUACGGCCGAGCGAGAUUGGACUUCUGUUGAUUACAAAACUCAAGAAAGUCAAACGGACAUUUCAAGUCUUAAAGAUGCGAGGCCGCAAGAAUCAGCACAAGAAGUUAUAUCUUCGGAACGUUUAGGUUUACAUGCCUUAGUUGAUCGUUUAGCAAAUGCGUUACAUAAUAAUAAAACUAAAAUCGACCAGUCAGCUCAAACAGAAACAAAUCAAGUGAAUGAAGGAGAUAGAGAAGAGUUACGCCUAAAUACUUUGAAAAUGUUUACUGAUGAUAGUGACAGUUGUAGUCCGAGAAAUGAUUUUCAAUUGCCUACCGAAAUGUACAGAAGUGUCGGUGUCGGGGCGGAGUUUGAUGAAGAAUUGGAUCAACAACAAAUUAACGCUUACGAUAAUUGUCCCAACUCAGUUAUAACGGAAGGAAAUGCAGAAAGAGAGGAAACAAAUACUAAUUGCGAUAGUUCUUUUUUCCGAUCCGUCGUAGAAAUUGAAUGCGGGCUACAUUUGCCAGAGAUUGAAGGAGAGAAUGAAGCAACAGAACCAAGUACAUACGUGACCUUUCAAGAUUUAACUCAUAAAGUUGAUCCCGGCGAUCAUUUAAAUUCAUUCAGAGCCACAAAUGUUUUUACACGUAGUUGUAAUCCAAAAUGGAAUUGGAUAUGCGAGGCAAAGCUACCAACAGACUUGCUUUUAAAUAAUCAGAAAAGAUUGAUCCUCAAAGUGUGGCAUUUGAUCGAUCCAGAUACGUCUGCAGAGAUAAAUUUAGAAAAAGACAUUAUGAUUGGAUUUGCCGCUGUCGAUCUCUCAAUUUUAAUGGCUGGAUUUACCGCGGUAUCCGGAUGGUUUGAUAUAAUGGAUUUUACCGAAAAACGCAAUGGACAAAUUAAAAUAAGUAUAACACCUCUGGAUGUGCCAUUAGGAAAAAUUAUACCAACUGGCGCUAUUAAUUUACCAAAUCUGUGCAAUUUACUGCAGAUAAACUGGCAACAUUCGCACGAUGCACCUCACAACAAUGUGGAAUCAAGUAACGCGCAUCAAAAUGUUAUCGCGUAUACAAGUCAUAAAGACAGAUGUAUGCAAAGUGAAGAAAAGACAAAUAAUUCUAUAGUUGAUAUUGGUCAUGGCUUAAAAGAUGUUUCUAUGUCUUUCCUAUCAUCAUCUUUGAAGCAAAAAUUAACUGAGCUAGACCAUAUCACAAAACGUUUGCAGUCGCGUCUACAUGAUGUCACCAAUACGGCUUUUGAGAACGAAUUUGACAAUGAUUUUGACAUGAUUUUAACUGAGCCGAAUAGUGAUAAUGAAAACAAUGACGAUAAAAAUGGCGAGAUUACAGCGCCGCAGAGUUAUACAGUUUUCGCAUAUUCUGCCAAUGAAAAAUCGCAAGUGCCGAAUCAAUGUGAAACAGAGAGCGAUCGGAAUGUUGUAAAUGACGAAGGGCCAGCUUCCUCCGUUGUGAGCAGCAAUUAUGAUUCACACCUCGAACCGGCAUCUAAUCACAGUAGGGCUGUAAGUUCCGAAGCAACCGACACUGGAUAUUACUCGAAUUCCAACACACGUCUCAGCCAACAGUCUGGCUAUUAUCAUAAUCAAUAUAAAAAUCUACACAGUUUGACUCGUAACUUUUUAUCAAAUAAUAGCGCAGAGUAUCCGGCACGAGGUACGAAAACACACAUAAAUCAUCUGCUUGACAAACUUUCCUUAGACUUACCGCCUAAGCCGCUUUCUACAACACCAACCAUACCAAUGAGGAAAAACAUUCUGGAAUUAUUCGCAAAUUUGCGAAAUCAUAAGAAUAAUUCGCAAGACCAACACAAGAGCACUCGUGGCGCCAACACUUGUUCAGUGCCCACUCAAACCGAUAACACGAACGAACAACAGACUCACUCUCUUACGACAAAUCUUACGAUCUCCGAUACAACCAUCAGCGAGAGUAUUCUCAAAUCGUCCGAAGAAUCGCAACCUUACAGUAGAAUAUCGACGGUGAUACGAGAAGAAUUAGUCGCGGAAGAAAACAGUGACAGUUCGAACUGUGACGAACUAACGACAUAUCUGAUUACUUCCAACAUACGUCACAUGGAUUUGGACUGUAUAUUCAAUCCGCUUCUCUAUCAACAUUUCUUACCGGAUUUGCAAGUUUUAUCCGCCGCAUCGCCGGAAGGAGAAGCUGCGGAACAACUGGACAAUCGAUACGCGAGAAGUUUCGGUACACGCAAUCACUCGGCGAAGAACGACGCUCUAUCUCAAGCCGAAACGAAAAAUUCGAACGUAUUAGAAUCCGAAAAAAAUGGAACGAAUUCUAUUUCUGGAAUUACGGAACUUUUUCAGUCGACACCUUCUGUAUCGGGAAAUGUCGACGGUAGUAUCGAUGUAACCGUUAUUCACAAAUCUGGUAACGACGAUUUAAUGUCGGGCAAUAGCGCGAAAUUGACUGUUGCCGCAUCAUGUGACAAAUCGUCAGCACAGCAAGCCGAUACCGAGAAGAAUCAUUGCUCUAUCGAGCCUAAGUUACUAGCUGAAUUAUCUGCAGUGCCGAGGCAAGCGCCCGAAGGUGGCAAUCCUGUGGAAGAAGCUAAGACGUCGGUUAUAACGAAGCGACAGCGAAGUGGUACCCAAGUCACAUCAACAGAUAGCUAAAACUUUUGUAUAUACAUUCUUCAUAAUUACGUGGUGAUGAACUUUAAGCUAAUAAGUAUUAAAAUGUUGGUGUGGAAUAUUUUACUUGACUCAUCAUUGGAGCUCAUAUAUAUACUCGUGAUAUUUUUCUGCUUGAAAAUCCAUUUGAAGUGUUGUGUUUCAACUAACUGGCAUUGAUAUUUUUUUUCAUUGAAAAAAAUAUCUCAGUUCUAUCUUAGAACUUCUAUCGACUGAUGAACAUGUAUACGUAAUAAUAAUAUCAACUAUUGACGUCAAAUUAAUAUUUAGAAUACUUAAACUACUAUAUGUAUUAAUUGAAGUAUUUACUAUACACACCCACAUACACACACACACACACACACGCACACACCACACGCGCGCGAUAUGCACAUAUUUUUGUAUAAUCUUUGUGUGUAUAUAGUGCCUAAAUAGACACUGGUUUACGCGGAUAGAUAUUGUAUAAAUAUUGACUAAGAAUGAAAUAAAGCUAAUCUAUGUAAAA